GACGUAUUUCCGCAUUUCACCGGAACUUCACGGAUGUUGAAAACACGCUCUACCUUCUUCUGAGCUCUUUGAGCCCUAAAAGGUCGUCAGAUUCUCCCUCUUUUGAUGCAGUUACGCCGCCGAAUCUCGCGAGAAGUGGAAUCUCUAAGACAAACACAAUGAAUAAAGAGUCCAGGCUGAAAGCAUCAAUAAACCAGAAGUUGACAGAGACGGGAGAAAGAGAUAGGCUGAAGGAGCUGCUGAGGGCUAAACUCACUGAGUGUGGAUGGAAGGACCAAAUGAAGGCCCAGUGCAAAGAGGUCAUCAAAGAAAAGGGAUUGGAGCAUGUGACUGUAGAGGACCUGGUGGUAGAAAUCACCCCUAAAGGAAGAGCUUUGGUGCCAGACAGUGUAAAGAGGGACCUUCUGCUAAGAAUUCGAGCCUUUUUGACGCAGCACGCCUCAUAAUGAACCGGAUUUAUUUGGCCUCUCCUAAUAUUGUUCUAAUGAUGAUUUGGGUUUUUAUUUGUUUUUAAGAUUUUCAUGCAAUUAUGAAACAUUAGUUGGAAUUUGUAAAGCCCUUUCUAGUCACCUGGACUAUUUAGUGAUAAAUGGAUUUGUACCGAUCAUUUUCAUUGUAUUUUCAUUGUGUAUGAAAUGUGCUGCUCAAAUAAAGCUU